AUGUGGAACUGGUUGUCGUCGCUCGUGGAUUCGUCCGCGCCACAGCAGCACCAGCAGUCAUCAUCACAGUCAUCAUCGCUCUACCGCUCUGUUGCCGGGAAUGAGGACGAGGACCACGAGGACCACGACGACGACUGGGAGGACGGCGCUGAGAAUGAUGAUGACGCGGAUGAGCGUGCGCCCGUCCGCCGUCCUGCCAAGCACCGCCGCACCCACCACGGCAAGACAGAUGUAGCAGCAGAUACAACCACCACCACCACCACCACCACCACCACCACCACCAUCAGCGACUCGAUGUCCAACAACUCCGACAAGGUCCCUGAAGGUAACGCCAUGACCCCGACUCCGACCCCGACUCCGUUUGGACGCAGUGUGUCGUCGGUAGUGCCUCAAGCAACGGCGCGGAGCUCGUCAGGCGGACCGACUGGCGCGAGGAGCGCGACAAAAGCCAGCCAAAGCAGUAUUGCGGCACGGUCUGCAAGCGUGCCAACAACGACGUCUGUCAGUCUCCACUCUGCGCCCAAUGCACGGCAGCAACAGGCACAACAGCACUCUAGUGGAUCGCAUCGCCUGUUGACUGGCAGCAGCACUGGUAGCUCAGCCAUCCAAGCCAAGCCAAUGGUCAUGCCACACAUCCAGUGGAAUGCUCUGACACCGUCCGUCAACGCCCCAGCGACCAAGGCGAACAACCCCAGCCAGCAGCUCAUUGACGUCGUAUCGUUGACAUCGGAAGCUUCCACACCCGCGGAUGGAUCAAGCAUGUCCCUGUCGUCGACAUCCUUGUUUGAAGAAGGGGCCGAAAUGGUGCGCAAGGAAGACGCGGAUUCCGACGCGAGCAGCUUUGUCGAGAGUCUGGCAAGCGAGUCCGACUUGAGCGACAUGGACGAGCCCACAUCCUCCAGCAAGAAGAACGACAAGAGUACGACAUCUCCGAGUUCCGAGGACGAGGCCGAGUCUGGGGGGUCGCCAGCACAGCGCGCACCUGCCCCUUCGGCGUCCAUCUUCCCCGUCCUUUCUUCGGGAUCGUCGUCCAACUUUCGUUCCUCGCUCAAGUACAAGCCGGUGGUACUUGCCGACUUGGACGGCUCUGGAGACGAGAGCGACAGCCACCAGUCCUCGUUCAGUCUCGGUGUGCCCCAUGCGUCGUUCAUGCGCUCGCAAUCAAUCAACACUGUCACCGAAAGCGACAGCGACGAGGCAUCCAACCGACGCGCCGGCAAGCACUCACGCACUCAUGCCACCGCGAGACCAUCGCGCACGCAACCGGCGGCGACCGCGGCAGCGACCUUGUCCAGCAACGUCCGGGCGUAUCGGUGCGUGAUUCGUAGUCUACGCCCCACACCCGAUGCUUGGGAAGCCGGUGGCUGGGCGAGCGAAACUCUGGCCACCUUGCAACGCCGGCAGGAGGAGCUGGAGAAGGAGCGUCAGACUGCCGCUGCAAGCAGGCAAAAAGGCUCUGCCGGCCAGGCGGAGGACAGCGAUGAGGAUCUCUUCUCUGUCCCGCAAGGUCUCAAGGAUUUGUUUUCUUCGAUUUGGAGCAAGAUUGGCAAUGAAGCCACACCCUCGGCCGCCAGUCCAACAUCAGGAAAUGCGCGCAGCAGCAGCAAUGAGUCGUCUUCUGCGGAAGCCACAGACAAAGCGACGGUCGUGGCCGCCAGUCCCUCGGUCGCUCCAAGCAAGGGCUCUGCCCGGCUGAUGCCGGUGGACGAGUAUGGUGUCGAGUUGAGCUCGGUCUGCUCGAGUUCCCGCGCGUUGGUGCCCGCUCCGCACCACCAUCACUCGCCCGAGCUCGAUACAGCGCGCACAAGGCAUCAAAUUCGAUGGCUUGCCUAUCUUGAAAAGGUGUACAACGUGCGCAGCAAGGAGGUGCGGUGGGCGACUCUUGGCGCGACGCUUCCGCCUGCCGAGAAUCUGACCCAGCUCAUUCGCGGAGGCAUCCCCAACAAGUUCCGGCGUCACAUUUGGUUGAGGGCCACCUCCGCCAUGAGCCAAUGGAGGUCUCAGCCAGACAUGUAUGCAUACUUGCAGCAACAAUCCGGUGGUGAUCAUGGCGAGUACCAUCGACAAAUCGAAAAGGAUCUUUUGCGAACCAUGCCGGAUAACAUUUUCUUUGCGUCUGCCAAUGCCCCCGGCAUUGCGCGACUCAGACGAGUCCUGCACGCGCUGUGCUGGCGGUUCCCCGAGGUCGGCUACUGCCAAGGCAUGGGCGUGAUUGUCGCCAGCUUCUUGCUUCUGAUGGAAGAAGAGGAAGCCUACUGGAUGAUGGAAACGUUGAUGGCUCGAAUGCUGCCCGAUCAGUACUAUUCCAAGGUCCUUCUCGGCGCUCAAGCAGACCAGCGUGUGCUGAAGGAGCUUGUUGCGCAACGCCAUCCUGAUUUGCAUGCCAAGCUGGAGGAGCACUGCGUCGAUAUCACGCUGAUUUCGCUGAACUGGUUUUUGACUCUGUUUGCCAACGUUGUGCCGCUCAAGAUUGCCCUUCGCAUUUGGGACUGCAUCCUCUUUGAGGGCACAAACCUGCUCUUCAACUUUGCCCUGGCAAUGAUCGGUCGCCACCACGACGAGCUGAUGUCGCUGAUGUCGCUGCAUGACACUGGCGCCCUGUUCAAAAUUAAAAUCACGCUCGAUGCCAAGUGGAUUGCAGAAAGGCACGAGCACCACCGCGUCGCCAUCGGGCAGGAAUUGGCCGAGCUGGACGUUCUCCGUAAAUCUUCCACGCACGAACGCCCGAAAGCAGUCACUUUGACGAGCAGCGAGGCUGAAAGCUCGGCCCCAAGCGAGGCUGAUGUGACUGUUUCAGCAUGA